UUCCCCUUCUCGAACAUCAAUAAGAUCAAGACAAAACUGAAGCAGGUGGCAUCAACUAACGUUGAAGAGGUCAAAAAGUUCUUUACAAAAUAUGAUUAUAAACAAUCUGGCAAAGUGCCGUUUGAAUUGUUUAGGAGCUUACUAAUCAAAGUUUCCGGCGACGAACUAACGGAACAUGAGAUUUUAACCGUGGCCCGGCAUCAUCGCAUUCAAGAGAAGGUGGAAGUCAGUCUAGAAGCGAUACAGUCAGAGGCUCAUGACUUAUUACGAAAGAACAACUUUGAUGGCUUCAGAAAAUUAGAAACACUUUGUUAUCACCGAGACGUAGAUCGGAAGGGUUGGCUGUAUCCCGAGCAGGUUCGAAGUGUAUGCCAUUCGUUGAAGAUGCCCCUCACAGACGAUACUUUAAAUGAACUAUGGGCAAGGUUGCAGAAAGAUCAGUUCGGGGAUUAAUUACUACGAUUUCAAUAAACUGGUCAACUGGCGCGAGUUUCCUGUACCAGGCCCAACAAAGUUAGAACAGCAGCAGAAGAAACGCCAAUUCACCUAUGUCGAUUACAAGGCCCUGAUGCACGAGCUAUACGGGCAAUGAUCAGUUCAAUAUUCACACGUUUGAUGUACUCCGCUGUAACACGACAUUCCAAAAAUGAAAAUAAAUAAAUAAAUAAAAAUAAAAACGUUUUAAAAGAAAUGGGUAAAAUUGGGAAACGAAAUUUAUGCAGAUUGGUGAAGCAAAUUGUUGUUAUUUUUUCAUCCCAGUUACCCACAUUUGAAAAAAAAACGUCUACCACUCUAAGAAACAAAGAUUACAGAAAAUCGCGACAAGAUUCAAAAUGUAAAGUGACGGUUUUCUUUUAAAUCCGUUGUUUAAGAUUUUAUAUGUUGUAAAUAUUUCGGUUGGAGAAUGUCACGUCAAACGAUUAAGGAGUUCAAUUAUAAUAACAAAAUUUAUACAUUA